AUGCUCGAUCGAAUACCUGCCGAAGUCCUUAGGUUAAUCGUAGAAAAAAUUAGUACACAAUCAGAUCUGAAGAGUCUUUGCAAGGUGUCUAAAUAUGUUGCUGAAUUCGCGACACCGUGUCUGUAUGAAUCAAUCACCUUGCACGCGGACGAAAUGCUGGACUUGGAUGAUUUAAAACACAAGAUCGAGCUUUGUUCCAACGACAAUGUAAAGUUCACAAAGAACAUUUGCUUUAAGGCUCCGCUGCAUUAUAAUUUAAGAAAACGGUGUCUACACUACGAUUCGGAGUUGCCAGAGCAUUUAGCUGAUGUCAUUAAUAUGGACUAUGGAAGUGAAGUAGACAUGAGUCUCGAUCCAUUUUGGGACUUAUCUAUGGCACUUAUUGACUGGAUGUGCACUUUUGGCGACAAUAACCUCCAGAGCUUGAGUUUGAACUUGGGAUGCUGUGUUCCAAAUGAGAUCUUAAACUAUCCUGGAAACUAUUGGACGGGGAAACAGAAGCGCAUCCAGUCAAUAUCGCUUCUCAUCGAUGGCGUCGCCUUUGCUCCUUUCGAAUACGAAUUCGGCCACUCCUUCAACAUGAUGAACUUGAGCACGCUGCAACUACGGAACUGCCCUUCUUCCCUGGAACUGUUAGGAGCUCUUCUUGAGCAAGGGAUAACUCCCAAACUAAAGUCGUUUGAGUUAAUCAUUGACUGGGACUGUCUUCAUCAUUACAGUAACUUUGACGAGGUGCAGACCGAGUCGACCCUAAAGCGCCUAGUCCUUCACGAGAGGAUUAUUUCAAAUGGCGAGGUUGUGGAUAGUGGUAUCCCGUGGCACAAUUCAGGAGAACUUUUGUUUCACAACUCAAGACUUAGCUGCUUUAGCACAAGUGGCCCAAUUUCUGAAAUGAAAUCGUCUUUCGCUGAACUUCCCGUGAAGCCUAGAUGCCACAUCUUACACAUCAAAAUGUCCUGGAUAGAUCAUCACAAGAAGUUCAAAGAAGAGUUCUAUAACCCUAACCCAGAACACAGUGGUUUUAAUUUUGAGGAUUUCGAACUCGUAUAUGAGAAGGGCGGGAAGUUUCUUUCAUAUCCGCAGGCAGAAACAUUCAACGAGACUGUUGACACCGCCCAAACCUAG